GGGCACGGGCAGUGGGGCGCCCGGGAGAGAACCCAGCUUGCUUGGGGCUUGGGGGGGGAGGCGGAGGUGGCUCUGGAGAAGGAAGAAGAGUGGAGCGGGAGGAGGCAGCGGCGGCGAUCCGGCCAGGGUGAUGGUACAGGUGCCAGGGCCCGGCGCGGAGCUGCCGCGCUGAAGGGCGACGGGUCCAGAGUCUGCAGCGCCGCCGCGUCGCUCCCGGGGACGGGCGAGCGGGCGGGAAGAUGCUGAGCAGGUUGAUGAGCGGCAGCAGCAGGAGUCUGGAGCGCGAGUACAGCUGCACCGUGCGGCUGCUGGACGACAGCGAGUACACCUGCACCAUCCAGAGAGAUGCCAAAGGCCAGUACCUGUUUGACCUCCUUUGCCACCACCUGAACCUACUUGAGAAAGACUACUUUGGGAUUCGUUUUGUGGACCCAGAUAAGCAGCGGCAUUGGUUGGAGUUUACAAAGUCAGUGGUGAAGCAACUGAGAUCCCAGCCUCCGUUCACCAUGUGCUUCCGUGUGAAGUUCUACCCUGCAGACCCUGCUGCCCUGAAAGAAGAAAUAACCAGGUACUUAGUGUUCCUGCAGAUCAAAAGGGAUCUCUACCAUGGCCGUCUCCUCUGUAAAACGUCGGAUGCCGCCUUGUUAGCAGCCUAUAUCCUUCAAGCGGAGAUUGGGGAUUACGACCCAGGAAAGCACCCUGAAGGCUACAGCUCCAAGUUCCAAUUUUUCCCGAAACAUUCAGAGAAACUGGAAAAGAAAAUUGCCGAGAUUCACAAGACUGAACUCAGUGGCCAGACACCAGCAACAUCAGAGCUGAAUUUCUUAAGAAAGGCACAGACACUAGAGACCUACGGAGUGGACCCUCACCCAUGUAAGGAUGUGUCAGGAAAUGCUGCGUUUCUGGCCUUCACUCCUUUUGGGUUUGUUGUUCUUCAAGGAAACAAGAGGGUCCACUUCAUUAAGUGGAAUGAGGUGACCAAGCUGAAAUUUGAAGGGAAGACUUUCUAUUUAUAUGUAAGUCAGAAAGAGGAAAAAAAAAUUAUUCUCACAUAUUUUGCUCCAACCCCAGAAGCCUGCAAGCACCUCUGGAAAUGUGGGAUUGAGAAUCAAGCCUUCUACAAGCUGGAGAAGUCAAGCCAAGUUCGCACCGUGUCCAGCAGCAAUUUAUUCUUUAAAGGGAGCCGGUUCCGAUACAGCGGCCGGGUUGCAAAGGAAGUAAUGGAGUCAAGUGCCAAGAUCAAACGGGAGCCACCAGAAAUACACAGGGCAGGGAUGGUUCCUAGCCGCAGCUGUCCCUCCAUAACCCAUGGCCCACGGCUGAGCAGCGUCCCUAGAACACGAAGAAGAGCUGUUCACAUCUCCAUCAUGGAAGGCCUGGAGUCCCUACGAGACAGUGCCCACUCCACCCCAGUGCGGUCCUCUUCCCAUGGGGACACCUUCUUGCCUCACGUGAGGAGCAGCCGGGCAGACAGCAACGAACGCGUGGCUGUGAUCGCGGACGAGGCCUACAGCCCCGCAGACAGUGUGCUACCCACCCCUGUGGCCGAGCACAGCCUGGAGUUGAUGCUGCUUUCCCGGCAGAUCAAUGGAGCCACGUGCAGCAUUGAGGAGGAGAAGGAGUCUGAGGCCAGCACCCCGACUGCGGCAGAGGUGGAGGCCCUCGGGGGAGAGCUGAGGGCCUUGUGCCAGGGGCACGGCGGGCCAGAGCAAGAACAGGUGAAUAAGUUUGUUUUAAGUGUCCUCCGUUUGCUCCUUGUGACCGUGGGGCUCCUCUUUGCUUUGCUCCUCCUCCUCAUCCUCCUCACUGAGUCUGACCUUGACAUUGCCUUUUUCCGAGAUAUCCGCCAGACCCCCGAGUUUGAACAAUUCCACUAUCAAUACUUUUGUCCCCUCAGACGAUGGUUUGCCUGCAAAAUCCGCUCAGUGGUGAGCCUGCUCACUGACACCUGAGAAGGCAUGACUCCUCCCAAUAACUAGCCAGGUGGACCAUGGAACCCGGCUACCCAUGCCCAGCAAUGGGACCCAUCGCGGAACCAUCGGCACACCCACACCAAGUCCUCCCUCAUGACUCAAAGUCCACUGCAGCCUAGGAGGGUUGUUUCCCAGAAGAAGAAAGGGAUGUAGGCUAAGGCCCCGUACAGAAACUGGGAAAUCUCAAUUUCUUCAGAGGCUCUUCCAAGAAAGGCUCAGCAGCUCUUAUGUUUCUCAUCCUUCAAUAUGCAGGAUCAUUUUGGGGUUCGAAUUUUAAUUUUUCAUAGAUGUGUAUUAUUUCGAAGGUAUCCAAAUAAAAAUAAUUUAUUUUCCUACACUGAUUAUUGCAGCAGUGUCACCUGGCAGAUGGGACACUCGCUGAAGAUGUGACAGAGAGCUGUUGUCCUCUGUACCCUGCAGCUCUCACACUGGUACCACCACUGGGUCCCGGGAGACCCAGCCAGGCAGGCCAGGGCUGGGGACAACCAGGAUGGUUGAGGUCUACUUGCCAGACAGCUUUAUAGCAAAUCGAACCCUGUGCAGAACAAUUAAAUAGAAAAUUGCUUCUUACAAUGGUCUGAGUUGGAUUUUUCUUUUCCUUUUGUUUUUUCAAAUCUGAGCAGAGUGGGCAUGUGAAGGGACCACCACCACAGCAGCAGCAGCAUCAGAAGGGGUGGGGUAAGUCUGUCCCUUAGAGUAGAGCCUAGUGGACAUCACUGAGUUUUAUUUAAUGGUUUGGUUUUUUUUCUGAAGACUCUUCUAGCACUUCUGGGGUAUUAAAUGAAGUCAGUGGCAGCCAAGUGCACUGUGGGAAAUGUCCUGUGGCGUAGUUACCAGAGACCUGUGCUAAGUGGCCUGAGAGCCUGCAGGGUGUAGAGAGCAGGGCUUGCUUUGUACAGUGUGCCCUUCCAAAAAAGGACUAUUUCAAGCUCUAUUUUAACAGCAAAAUGUUAUUUUCUUAUCUAUUCAUAUUUUGUUUUUAUUUUAUGGAUUAAGAAAAUAGAACCUGAUGAACUUAUAGAUGCAAGAAACAGAUCUGAGGAAAACAUCAAGAAUGAGCAGCAGCCUUAGAAGGGACCAGGAGACACUCUAAAUAAACAGAAUCUCUAAGUGAUGCCUACAAGAGACAGAAUUUGACCAUGGCAGAGACCAGCACUCACUGUAGAAAUGCCACCCAUCGGGUCAGCCUCUGCUCCUGGAAAUAAGGCCAAGCAGAACACUUGGAGGGCGUCACUCACAGCAGCACAGGAACACACUAAGGUGAGCAGGAGUCCCCAGGCCUCUGCACUUAAAAACAAUCACACACAGAUCUUGUUUUCAUCUCAGGGAGGGAUUGCUAAGUCAUCUGAGGCCCAAGGACUUAUUCAAGGACAGUCAAGGGGUAUACUCCUGGGACCCAGACAAGAGCGGAGCUAAACAGCCCCAAAUGCAGGAGAUUGGAUUGUCGUACACGUGAGCUCCUCUUAAUUUUUUUGCCAUGUUCAUGUUCUGAAUAUAGCAGCCACAGAAAACCAGUGGUUUGGAGGAUGCCAGGGCAUUUACGUAAAUCUAAAGAUGCCAUUCAUGUCUAGACUAAAGGUCAGCAAACCUCUUUUAAUACAGUUUUGGUUUGUGGACCAUACUCUGCACACCUCUGAUAAUGUAUGCAUAAGGGAACGUGGCUUACUCCAAGAAAACGCUAUUUUAGAAAAAAGUGUAGGGCUGAGGAUGUAGCUCGGUGGGUGGAGUACUUGCCUAGCAUUCAUAAGGCCCUGAUUUCAUCGCUAACACUACAUAAAACCAGGUGUGGUAGCAUAUAGCUGUGGUCCCAGCAUUCAGCUGGAGACAGGAGGAUCAGAAGCUCAAGGUUACAAAGCAGUUCAAGGGCAGCCUGGGAUUCAUGAGACCCUGUCUCAGACCACCUCCCACUUCCAAAAAACAAAAGCCUGAAACUGUAAUACGCUGAAAUUGGCCUACAGCCGUAAGAUGCAGACCCUGACCUACACUAUACAACUACCACACGUUAGCAAGAGGGCCAGCUCCGAUUCCUGUCUCACAUGAGACCCAGAACCAUGUCUUCAUGGGGGCUUUGCUGUGUGCUCCACCAACCAGCAGUGAUAUCGCAGCUGAUACCAAGAUCAAGUACUGCCACUCUGAACAGCAGUGACUCUGAGAACAGGCACAGGCCUAUCUGAUCAUGUCCAUACCAGCAAGAGUUUGGGUAAAACCUAAAACAUACCACAUGAGAAGACAAACUGAGGGGAUCCUAGUAGACUAGAGAGCACGUCAAAGCAAUGAGCCACUGCCACUUGUCAACUGCACAGCAAAGGUUCACUUAGCACAGGACUCUCGGGAAUGUCCCCCAGAGAUGCAAAGGCUAUUGGGAAAGAGGGCUGGUGUGAGCCGGGAUCUCUAUUCUUAUGCAACAUAGCAGACUGCCUUCUAGUGUAGUGCUCCUACCUCAGUUUGUAGAACACAGCGUCUAUGCAGUGAGUGGUAGCCUCACCUCUGACCCUUCACAGCCACGAGAGGGAGGCAGCCUGCCAUUGCCUGGUGUUUUCUUGUGUCUCGAGUCCUAACAGUGCAGCGGUCCUUGACAUUUCCAGCAUCUGACCCGGAACCUUCAGGUUGUUUUUUUCCCCAAGGCUUAUCCCAGACAAUAAGGACAGAAAAGGCUUCCUUCGAUUUGGUUCCCAAAUAGUUUUCAGUAGUUCAACAACAAAGCCCUGUUACUGGUGACUAGUGUUUUUCAGUAUUUUCUCAUCAUUAAAAAAGUUCUGGUUUUCA